UAAUCCAUUACCACACCAAAUCCGGUUGCAUCAGACUAGUAACGAACACAUUUCCAAGGUCAAAAAGAAAGAAGGAAGAUGGCAGAUGUGAACACAAAUAACGAAGAGAAGACGCCAUUAAAUGAUGCCGCAGUAGAACCAGAUUUAGACCCUAAGGCACAAUUUAUCAACGGGGGAAAGGAAAUCGAUCCACAUGUCGCCAUAGAAUGCGGGUCGGGCGACGACGUGAGUUUCACGGGGUUGGGGAAGGAGGAGUUGAUGCAAUAUGCCGACGACCCUUUCUGGAAAAAAGUGCGACUGAUUUUGCUCAUCGUCUUCUGGGCAGGAUGGCUCGCAAUGUUGGUAGCCGCUAUUGUUAUCAUUGUUCUGGCACCGAAAUGCCCAUAUCGACCCGACCUAAAAUGGUACGACAAAGAGGCAGCGUACGAAAUAUUCCCACAAUCCUUUCAAGACUCGAGCCCCAAACCAGAAGGUGCAGCAAAAGAAGGGGACGGAGUAGGAGAUAUUAAAGGUAUUGGGGCUCGUCUGGACUAUCUGAAGAAGAUUGGAAAUAAGGUCCUCUACAUUAACUCGAUAUAUGAAAGUGAUGAUGAUGACAACUAUGCUGUUGUUGACCAUAAGAAAGUGGACACAUUGUUCGGGACAAUGGGAGAUUUUGACCAGCUCCGUAAAGCCAGCAAGAAAAAGGAAAUGCGCAUAAUUAUGGACUUUAUUCCCAAUCACACUGGCAAGAAGAACGAGUGGUUUAUGAAGAGUCAGAAGAAGGAAGGCAUUUAUAAAGACUUCUAUGUCUGGGAAGCAUGUGAUCCAAAUAGUGGAAGUUAUCCUAACAACUGGAGGAGUGUUAAAGGAGGCAGGACGUGGACAUAUGAUGACACCAGGAAAGAAUGCUACCUCCAUCAGCUGGAAAGUGACAAACCUGACCUUAAUCUUUGGAAUGCUGAUGUUAGGAAAGAACUGGAGGGUAUCUUGCGUUUCUGGCUUGACAAAGGAGUGGAUGGUUUCCAUGUUCUGAAUGCUGAAUAUCUGUAUGAGGAUGAGAAUCUUGGAGAUGACAUUCUGAUUACUGGAAAAGCAGGAAAUGCUUAUGAUGACUUUGAGCACAACCAGACCUUGAACCACCCAGAGAACCUGAAGCUUUUGAGUGCCUGGAGAUCUGUACUGGAUUCCUACAAUACCAAGCCAGGAAGAGAGAAGGUCCUUGUAGUCACUGCCAAGGAUGAUUUAAAUACCACAAAGAUGUACUUUGAUUCUGGUGCUAACAUUGUACGAGUCACCCCAAUGUCAGAAAAUGGGGCAUCCCUGGCUGAACGCAUUGAGACCAAACUGAUGGAUGUCAACUCCAAAAGAGUUGGAUGGAUGUAUAGUGAUAAAGAUUCCAGUCGUUUAGCUAAUCAAGUCCUGCCAGAACAAGUGAAAGUUAUGCUGACUUUGCAAGCCACACUGCCAGGAGUUCCAUUUAACUACUACGGAACUGAAAUAGGAAUGACUGACAGUACUACCUUAGCUGAACCCAAGAAGUAUAGGACACCUAUGCAGUGGAGUUCCGAAGGAAAAGAGUUUUCCGAUAUCGAACCAUGGAUUAAAAUGAAUCUUAAUUUUAAGCAAGUUAAUGUUGAGACUGAAAGUGCUGUUGGGAAUGAUUUCAGUACUCUAAAAGUGUACAAAGAGCUUGCAAAACUUCGAGAAAAGGAGUCGUUCCAGUGGGGACAGAUGAAUGUUUUCAGGGAUGGCAAUCUCUUGAUGUACACCAGAAAGGCUGAGGGAUUUCCAGGGUUCCUGGUUGCCAUUAACCUUGGAAAAGAGCCGGUGACUGAGUCUUUCCAUGAAGCCACAGGAAUACCUACAAAGGUUAAAGUCAUAUUCCACACCCACAGCGAGGACAACACUGCCUUCGACUUGUCUGUUAACUCCUAUUUCCUCCCUUCAUAUCAUGCUGUUGUUUUGGAAUACGAAUGAAAUAUUACUGGUACUCUGUUUUGAACUGAGAUUCUGGGUCUAAAUUGGACUCUUGUUGUAUUUUCUGAGAGGGGGGGGGGGGGGGGGGCUUCUUUGUAUCCAAAAAUCUGUAAUAGAAACUGCUGAAUCUGUAUUAAUAUCAAUACAUGCAAUUUGUCUUGGAGAAUAAUAAAUACCAGUACCUGAUGAUA